GAAGGGAAACCGACUGUUAUGGUAUUUGCGCGGUAAACAGUCCCCGUUACCACGAUUGGUAUUCCUUUUUUUUCUUUCUCACCUCUGACAGGAGGACUGUCGUCUGAGACUUUCAUUGCCUGCUGUUCGUUUGGAUUUCUGACGCUCUCUCAUCCUGCUGCUGUUUGCUGUCGGCUGCCUCCUGUUCGGUACCCACUGCUCUACGCCCCGGCUCCCAUCGACGUGUCGUAGUCGUUUCUAUAUACAUGUAUAUGUGCCUAAGAGAACGCGAUUUUCUUUUUUUUUAAACUAUUAUCGCUGCUUGUCUAGGAACCAAAGUCUUGCUGCUCCGUUACAGCAAAGAGAAGGCGAUGGAGUUCCGCCUCGCAGCCGAAGGCAACACCGAUGAGCUGCGGCAGUGGCUGCGCGCGCACCCGGAGCGGGUGAACGUGCCGGCGCAGGGCUCGAACAUGACCCUCCUCUACACCACCAUCAGCAACGCCAAUCGCACCGACCUCGCCUCCCUACAGGCCGGCAACUCUCGCUACCUCAACACCGUCCGGAUGCUCUGUGAGGAGUACAAGGCAGACGUGUUGGCCCCCAACGGCGGCAACUACAACACCGCCUUGCACCUCGCCGCGUCGGUUGGACAGACGGAGAUCGUGCGGUAUCUCGUGGAUGUCCUGCACACACCGAUUGACCGCGCGAACGUGUUUGGUGAGCGGCCGGUGCAGAUGGCGGAGCGGGGCGGCUUUGCGGAGUGCGUCGGCAUCCUGCAACGGGCCGCCGCGCAGCGCGACCGCGUCGCCACCAACGCUGCCGCAGCCCCCACGGCGCUCGUGGCCGCCUCCGCUGGUGCCAACAGCGGCGACGCCGCCUCGCGCUUCCAGAGCAUGAUGGUGUCUGACAGCGACGAUGACGACCACGACGCGGAGCAGCACGGACACCUGCAUGGCGGCAGCAACAACGACCACCGUCCCUGCCAGCUUCACCGGGCGAACUCCACUGGCGUUGGAUCACAACCGCAGUCCGACGGUAUUGUUGUGCCACGUUCUGCGCCGCUGGGGCCGCUGCCGCACUCGUCGAACCCGCAGAUGGGGCAUGCGCUUCUGCCGCCUACCAAGGUUCCGACCUCACGCGUUAGUGCUGCUGGUGACGGGGGCUCCUUCGGUGGCAACAGUAAGGAGCCGAAGAUCCCAAAGCGUGUGCCGAAGCUAGGUUCCUUCGGCUCUCGCUGUGGGGAAUCCACUUCAUCUGUCGGCGCCGCAGCGGAGACGCCAUCCGCGCCACUGCUGCCGCAGCCGGUGCGACCACGCAAGGAGUACGACAUCUCCCGAUCGCGCAUCCUCGCGAACCCCGACCUGCAAGGCUUCCGCUCCGCCUACGGGGACGGCUUCAAGUACAUCCAGUGCAGGGACCACUACGAAAUACGUGGGAUUCUGCCCUACACGUACCGCGGCACGGUCUACUACACCCCGGUGAUUAUCUCCGUCUACGCGCCAGGCGCGGCGAACGACUCACUCAGCACCCCGACAGGCACGAACGCGGCUUCCGCUGACUGUGGCCGGGAGACUCCGGGCAGCGCCUCCGAUCUGAACGCCCCGCCUGGUGCACCGGGCGCCUCACAGAAGUCCAGCGUGCCGGAUGACAGCACGGGCGGACCGGCUGAGGUGUACUGCCGCUACCGGGUCUGCCUGAACAUGCAAAGCUUAAACGACUUCGCCGUCAGCCGCAAGGCGGAGUACAUCGACCCCAUCAGCGGUGCCAUCAUCCCUGCGCCGGGUGACGACAAGUACCAGACCCUAACGGCGUACAUACGAAACGUCGUGGUGCGCAGCUUUGAGUGCGUGCCGCCUCUCAUCACCCCUACGAGCAACUACGCCUUCCCCGUGCGACCCAACGUGAGCCAGCUGGGCGCGGCGGACAACGCCGAUCCGUAUCGUCACCACCACUCCCACAACGCACCGGCUUUCAUGAGGAACGCGCUGCCGAGUCGCACCGCGGCGCACGUGCGCUGCGCGACGAUCCUGCGCGACCUCUCGAGGUUCGGCGACGGCUUGGGCCGCUACUUCCCUGCUCACCACCGCCUCGUCGUCUACGUACCUGUGUUUAGCGAGCACAAGGCCGCCGUGCUCGCCGUGCCGCAGGAUCGGCCCUACACCACAACCGUCGAUCAGUACUCCAUGCCGGCGUCCCCUGGCGGGGGUGCAAAUGACCUAAGGUCUCUUGCCUAUCCUUCCGGGAUGCAUGCCGAUGACCACAAGAAUGCGACUAGUUCUAGUACUCAUAGCAGCGGCAGAGGUCCUAAGAAAGCAGUGACACAGCAGGUAGCGGUAGAGGCCGUUGCAGAGUUGCAGGUGCGGGUGUGGAUCCAGUUCCAUCCGACCACAGGAACGGGAGCGGCCACGGCAGAUGCCGCGGCGGUGGACGGGCAGGAGGUGGGCGGAGGCAUCUACGCGUACCCGCCGCGCAUUUACUUAGUCGACGCGGCGGCGAACCUGCCGGUGGAGCUGCGCGGGUCGUCGCUGCCGACGCCAAACACGCUGACCGGUCCGUGCUUUGCAAGCCUUCUGCGCGAUCGCGACACCGGCGAGGUCGAACCAGCAACGAUUAGGCUCUCGCAGGAGUCGUGGAGCGCGCAAGGGUCGGUGUAUGAUAUUUUGGUGGAGCUGCAGCGGGUCCUGCGGGAUGCCGUGGAGUCCUUUGCGAUCCGCUACGCGGGCAGGCAACCGGCCGCGGCCCCGGCGCAGCAUUCGGAUGCGACGGCUGACGUACACGGGCGCGGGGGCGGCGGCGGCGCUUCCGGUGCCCCGGCGAAUACAGAGCGUUCACCUGCUGCGUCGCCGCUGGACACGUUUUUCACCUCCCCGACGACGCAGUCACCGCAGCCGAUGUCAGGUCAGAGUGGGAGCCAAAGCAGUACGGCCGCCACAGCUGUAGCAUCGAGCAAGGACGCGGCAGGGCGCUGUCUUUACUGUUAUCAGAAGCUGCAGACUCGCUCGCUCUUGCAGCCGUGCGGACACGACGGCCUGUGCGGGCUGUGCGUUCAGCGUCUGCAAAGUCACUGUAGAGAGGAGGUUUUUGCCUGUCCCGUGUGCCGCAGCGCGGUGCGCAACGUGAUGGACGUGUUUCUUUAG